CUUCUCCUCCCAUCAAUCCUAUUGGUUGAAAGUUUUUCAGAGUUUGUUUUCUUCAUCAGCGAUUGGUUAUUAAAGAUAACGGUGAAGUUUUAUUCCCAGUUGAGGUAUUCUGUUCAUUUUCUUUCUUUUGGAUCCCGUGAACUCAUCGUUACUACAGUUUACUCUUUCUGGUUUGAAUGUUUGGGAUGCAAUUGUCUUAUUUUCAUUUACACACAUUCAGAUUUAGCCACAUAUUCAAAGUUUUUUUUAAUAACAAUAAUUAUUAUUUGUAUCGAGAAACUUUUUAAAGGUGAUAAUUUUACUUGUAUUCCAAUGGCUUCCACCUGUGUGCAGAUGUCAGGGUUUUUGCUCAGCUGUUUCGGAUGGAUUGGGAUCAUUAUCGCGACUGCCACCAGUGAGUGGGUCGUGACUUGUAGGUUCGAUAUUACCACCUGCAAGAAAAUGGACGAGCUGGGGACUAGAGGUCUCUGGGAAGACUGUGUGCUGUCCACUGAUCUGUACCACUGCCGGUCGCUAACCGAUAUACUUUUACUACCAGCCUACAUCCAGACGUCUCGAGCCCUGAUGAUCUCAGCCUCUAUCCUGGGACUGCCUGCCAUUCUCCUCGUGAUGAUGUCUCUACCGUGCAUCAAUCUGGGCAGCGAGCCAGAAUCCAUUAAAUACAAACGUUCUGUGGUGGGAGGCGUUCUCAUUCUACUGAUAGCUAUCUGCAGCAUUAUACCCACUGUGUGGUUCCCGAUCGCAUCGCACCGUGAAUCAGGCUUGGUGACGUUCGGGUACUCUCUGUACGCAGGCUGGAUCGGCGCAGCGCUCUGCCUGUUCGGAGGCUCGAUGAUCAGCUGCUGCUCUGGAGACUCUCCUGAGUACAGUGAGAACCGCUACUACUAUUCCAAGCACCGAGCGGCUCUGUCAGCCUCUCCAAACCACGCCAAGAAUGCCCACGUGUGAAGGUGGAUUGUAUCAUAAAGACUGUGCCCCCUGGGGCCACGUGCAAAGUACUGUAUAUUUUUGUAAAACUAUAUUACGUUAAAGCCCUUUUUGUCAAAAUUUUUGGAUGUUAAGGGAAUCAAAUUGAAGCCUGGAUAAGCAAUCUAAUGUAUCAGCUCUGUUCAGCAGUUGCAGUGCAAAUAUACAAAAUAGUUACUAAUUACAAUACAAAUCACUGAUGAAACAAACAAACAAACUUUUAAGCAGCACAUUUUGAUUGGGUAUACAGUUGUCACUUGUACACAUGCUAUAGGUAGAUGCACCGUGUGAGCUUCAGCAAGCGUCAGAGGUAAAAGCUGUGAUCCUAUUUGGUUUCUGCAACACUACUGGAGCCUAACAGGAGUUCAUACUCUAUCAAUACCAGAUGUUAACCAAGUUAGCAUUUUCAAGAAAUAACAGCCAUGGCCAAGGAGCAAAGACAGUUAAAAUCCAUUGUGACCACAAAGACGAAGCCUGUCCAACUAACUGAAGCAGCAGGAGUCUGAUUCCAGCAGGGCAUUGCACAGCUUGACAUGGCCUGACACACGCACGCACACACGCACACACCGCUUCUUCCAGCGCAAUAACAUGGCCAUGCCAUGACCCGCCUGAUCUCCUGACCUGACUGCACACUCAGUUGAGGGGGGGUGAAAUGCCAUUCCUCUUAGUCCGAUCCAGGACCUCAGUGAGCAUACAGGGCUCACAAAAUGAGGGACACACCCAGUACUGACCACCAGUGUGGCUUUGCAUUACUGGUAAACCAGACAUACAGUUUGCAGACAUCCUGUGUAAAUAUUUACCAUCAUAAAAGCAUAGCAAAGUGUAAUAAAGCAUAGUGAAAGCAUGGUAAAGAAUAGCGAGGUAUGGUACACAUGGCAAACAAGGGUAAACUAUGGGAAAUGCAUAGUAUAACUAUGGGAAAAGCAUAGGGAAACUGCAAAAAUACUGAGAUAAACUUUUAUAUCGCUUGUUUCAUAAUUAUUGCUUUUGGACUUAAAUUAAUUUCAUACAGUAUUUAUAAGCAACAAUGGAGUGAGAUCAUUUUCACAUAUUCCAGGAGAAAUACUAACUUACUUACGCAAGAGUAGAAUUCAAUUAAUAAAUUAACAUGACACAUGAAGUUAUAAUCAGCACAAUACAAUGUAGAAAUGACAGAGAAAUACAAUUCCAUUCACUUUUUUACUGUGCAACUUUUGAGUUUUUGGCAACCAGGAUUUCAGUAGAUCCUUUCAAAACGUAAUUGUUCUCAGGUUUGAAAACAAGGAUCAACUGAGGGAAGUCAGUGCAGUUCUUUUGAACGGUGGUUGAUCAAAUGUACACACAACACUCUCAAGAGUUUUGUACAGCUGUAUUUAGAUUGUAUAUGUGCAAAUAAAAUAACAAAAUAUCAUAUA